AUCAGUUGUGCCAAAUUUUUCAUAGAAAGUAAAUCGACUCUAAGGUAAUGAAGCUUUUUAUAUUAACAAUUUUUGCUGUUGCUGUAGCAUCGGCUGUUGAAAAUUAUGAUGGACCAGAAUAUCAACCAAUUGAUUGGUCGAGAGUUGUGCCUGUUCAUGAACUUCCUGGAUUUUGGGAAGGUACAGUUUAUGAAAAAUUAGCAAUGAAGCCUAAUCCAAGAGCAAGUCGUAUUGUUGGUGGAGAUGAAGUCGUUCCUCACUCACAUCCAUAUCAGGCUUAUUUACUGUUGCAACUUUUACUUGGAACUUCAGCUUGCGGUGGAUCAGUUAUCAGUGAAACAGUUGUUCUUACUGCUGCUCAUUGUUUGACAAAUGUUAGAACCGUUACAAUGGUUGCCGGUGGACAUAAUAUACUUGAAGUUGAAGCUUCUCAACAAAGAAGAACAGUUGAAGCUGUAAAUCUUCGCAUUCAUCCAGAAUAUAGCAGAAUCAAUGUCCUUAAUGAUAUUGGAACAAUUCUUCUUCAAACUGCAUUAACAUUCAAUCAAUUUGUACAACCAAGCACUCUUGAACCUGCAAGUACAAAUACAUUUGUUGGAUUCACUUCUCAAGCAACUGGAUGGGGACGUGUAGCUGAUGGUGGUGCUACAUCUGCUGUCUUACGUGGUGUUGAUAAUACAAUUUUGGCUAAUUCAGUCUGUGCUGAAGUUUAUGGAAAUGUUGCAAUUAAUAACGCUACAAUUUGCAUUGACACAACUGGAGGUCGCGGUGUUUGCAAUGGAGAUUCUGGUGGACCAUUGACUGUUAUUGAUGGACAAAGAAUUCAAGUCGGAAUUGCCAGUUUUGUACACUCAUCUGGAUGUCAGUCUGGAAUUCCUCAUGUUUUUGAACGAGUUGCUGCUCACUUGACAUGGCUCAAUAACAAUAUGUCUUAAAUUUUUGAUGACAGUAAAAUUAAAUAUGGCUUAAAAUAUUUGAAAAUCGAAAUAAAAUUUCUUUUAAGU